AAUGCUAAAACGGGUUAAAAUUGAAAAUAGGUUAAAACAGUAACAAAAGUAAUUAUACGAGGACCAAAUAGCAAAAAGGGGGAUUCCUCAAUUGAUUUUUGACAUAUUUCUCUCCACUUCCCUCCACAUCUAUCCGAACCAAAAUUCCCUCCCUUCCCUCGUUUUCUACUCCCACCCCCUCACCCCCAAUACGCACAAACACACACACACACACACACACACUAGCACUCGCACACCAAACUUUUUCUCCCACAGAAAUUAUCUCAAAACCCUCGUUUUCCCUCUCUAUCUGGAAUCUAAAACCCCUCCAUAACCAAUCCUCCAACUUGAUUAACUUGAUUCGAUUAAUUUUAAUCACCUUAAUUUUAACAAUUCAAUGGCUGGGCGCGGCGCGCCGAACCGCGGCUCCGCGGCGGCGGCGACUCCUCCGGCGUCUAGUGGACAGAUCCUCCACCAGCAGCAGACCCCGCCGGCGUCGAUCAGGCGGCAUCUCCCCUUCGCGUCCAUGAAGCCGCCGUUCGUUUCGUCAGACGACUACCACCGUUUCUCCACCCCCGCACGCGCCGCCGCCGCCGCCUCCUCUGCCGAUCACGCUCCCGAAGCUAUUGUCGUCAAGUCUCCCGUGGGUUCACAAUUCACUCCUUUGAAGAGGAAGAAUGGGUAUCAAAACAAUGACGUCGAGUCUAGUGAGUGGGCAGCAAGUCCAGGAUAUAAUAACAUCCCCAACAGCCCCUUAUGCACACCUGUAGCUAAAGGAGGAAGGAGUCGUUCGAGGGUCACCAAGAACAAUAAAUCUCUACCGUCAACCCCCAUCUCUAAUGUUGAUGCGCCGUCCCCUCUUACUCCUGCUGGCAGCUGCCGAUACGAUAGCUCUCUGAGUCUCUUAACUAAGAAAUUUAUCACAUUAAUAAAGCAUGCAGAAGAUGGUGACCUUGAUCUAAAUAAAGCAGCUGACACCUUGCAGGUUCAGAAGAGACGUAUAUAUGACAUAACUAAUGUCCUUGAAGGGAUUGGUCUUAUUGAAAAGAAGCUCAAGAACAGAAUUCAUUGGAAGGGGCUUGAUACUUCACGACCUGGAGAAGUGGACAAGGAUGCAACUCUUUUACAGGCAGAAAUUGAGAACCUUUCCAUGGAAGAAACAAGUUUGGAUGAUCGAAUAAGGCAAAUGCAAGAGAAGUUGAGAGACUUGAGUGAAGACGAGAACAACCAAAGAUUGCUUUUUGUAACCGAAGAUGACAUUAAAAAUUUACCCUGUUUCCAGAACAAAACCCUCAUAGCAGUCAAAGCGCCGCAUGGGACAACCCUUGAAGUACCAGAUCCCGACGAGGCUGUUGAUUAUCCACAAAGGAGAUAUAGAAUUAUACUUCGAAGUACCAUGGGCCCUAUUGAUGUGUACCUUGUCAGCCAAUUUGAGGAGAAGUUUGAAGAGAUGAACGGAGUAGUGCCAGAAGCAGAGAGACCCUUCUUGGCGCACGAUGCUCCACAAAAUGAAGCUCAGAAUCAAGAGAGUCACGAGGACUCUGAGCUUGGUGCUUUGCAAGAAAAUGCUGGAGGAAUGACGAGGAUUGUCCCCUCAAAUAUUGAUAAUGAUGCAGACUAUUGGCUUUUAUCAAAUGCAGAUGUCAGCAUGACAGAUUUGUGGAAUAGAGAAUCUAUUAUGGAGUGGAAUGAUGUAAAUUUGCUGCCCCCCGAGUUGGAAUUGGCUGCUAUUGGUACACCAAGAUCAGAGACUCCAACAUCCGGCAUUGCAGAUAUCACACCUAGGUGAUUACAAGACUAUGUUAUUUAGCUCUCUUUUCAUUGCCGAACCAUUUCUCGAGUUACUUCCAAGAUAUUUGUUGGCAGUGAAGUAAAAUUUCGGAGGAGGACACACCAGAAGAAUGAAGGUGAAUUGCUCGGCCUCCUUCAUACUUGAUUGGUGAAUAAAUAUUAUUCGAUUUUUGUGUCAUUUCCGUUAAAAUGUAGAGCGCGUUAUAUAACAUGGACUAGUUAAUUUACUCAUAUAGAACAUGAGCUGAGAGUGAAAAUCAAGAUUUCAGUUAUCUUGAACUCUUGAUUCAACAAUAGGAUUUUACAACAACAUUUCAUUGUGAACUGAUGUAAUUUAUUCUGCUAUCUGUAGUGCAUUAAGAUAUGAAUCAGUAAACAUUAUUACAUGUUUAGAGAUUAGUAAUUUGAUUAUCAAAGCAAAUUGCUUGAU